AUGGAAAAAAAAAAGAACCAGACUGCCCCUCCCCUUUCCACAGGCGAUUGGCUUGCCAUGAAAGAACGGCUGAAUGACACAGGAAGAGGAGGGGAUGGGAUUGUGGGUAAUGCGUCAUCGACUGGCAGGGGCUCAUUUAAGCGGCUGUGUAGCAGGAGGAGAGAGAGAGACAGGGAGAGAGAGGCUGAGCUCAGUAGGGACUGAGUGACAUUUCCAGCUCUCCACACCCAAUCUCUGGAAAAUUCCUCCAGUUUGCAGGCGGCUGCAGAGCGCGCUCCCCGAGGCCGACCAACAGACACAGGAUUCUGCCUCUUUUCUGCGAGUGUUGCAGCAGAUGACUAGAUAACCUUGGAAUGUGGGUUAGGAGGCUCUGUGUUGAUUGAGGUGUGAAUGCAGCGGUAGUGCGUCUCGCAGCGUUUUCCCUUGUGACUACAAAAGAAGACAAAACAUUUUACGGAUACAAAAGAAGAUCCAUGCGCAGGGAGCCAGAGGUGGACAAGAGCUGAGCUGUUUCCUGUUGGGGAGCAUCUGUAACUUCCUGCUUGUCUGUCACCCUGGGGAAGGCAACGCUCCACCGAUUCCCCCCCUCCUCUUCAUCAUCAUCACCCCCAUCGCCCUCACCGCCGCUCAAGGCCGUCUCAGCGUCCCGUUGCACUCUGACCUCGGGCAUCAGGUGGAAAAGGCUUCGGCUCCUGGGAUCGCCCAUCAUGCACAUCAAGACCACCAAGUGUAACCGCUUCUGCUUGGUCGCCUCCGUGACUAACCAGGAAGUGUUCAGUCGUCCUGAGGCGCAGGCCAGCUUUGAGGCCUUGUUCCGUUCCUUUGACCCGGAGGUGCAGUUCCAGUACUUCAGGUCUUUCCGGCGGGUCAGGAUCAGUUUCAGUGAUGCUCUGGCUGCAGCGGAGGCCCGACUGCGGCUGCAUAAGACCGACUUCAGUGGCAAAGAGAUGAGACUCUACUUCGCCCAGUCUGUCCACAUAGGGAGUCCUCGGCUGGAGCCUCCCAAGCCCGAUAAGCAGUUCCUGAUCUCCCCCCCGGCCUCCCCUCCCGUCGGCUGGGAGCAGUCUAAAGACGCCAUGCCCGUGGUCAACUACGACCUGCUGUGUGCCAUCUCAAAGCUCGGCCCAGGGGACAAAUACGAGCUCCAGACCGCCACGCCCACCACCCCCAGCGUGGUCGUCCACGUCUGCGAGGACGAGCGCGGCGACAGCUCGGCGCCCGACGACGACAGCGAACAGGACGACCAGCCCCGCCCCCAGCGGCCCAAGAUCAUCCAGACGCGGCGUCCUGACUACAGCCCCGAGGUCAAGCAGUGAGCGACGGCACGGGGGGGCAGCAGUGUGAUGACUGUAACAUUCCAUCCUGAUGAGACUGGUCAAGAGCUGAACUCACUCUCGGAGCUUUGAGGGUUUGGCGCCCGCGGGCGCUGAGACGUCCCGUAGACGAGCAUUUCAUAAGAAGGAGAGAAAAACAUAAUGUGGAAUGCUGCAUUCAUGUCCCAUGGGAAAGACAGGAGAUAUGAACUACAUAGUUGGUAUAGCCAUCAGUUGAUAUGUAAUGUGUGAAUUUGCAUUUUUUUUUAGAGAUGGAACUGUAGGAAAUGAUGUAUACCACUUCUUUUUUUUUACUAUUAUUGUAGUGUGGCCGGAGACUUUGCUGAACGUUUGGUUUGUGGUGAUGUUUUUGUGAUAUGAAGCUGGUCAGGUGCAAAUAAAGUCUGUGCAGGAGCAUCAAGCGGAUGUUGGAUGUUAUUCCCACACGACAUGAAUGCAGCAUCAUUCUGCGAAAAUCAUGUUUGCGUUUUUUUGGGAUGUGACGAGCGGAUCCGGCUGUCGAGGUUGAGGAUUUAAACUUAACUCACCACUGGCAUGUGCUUUUUUUCAGUUCCCCUCUGGUUUGCGUGCUCAUUAGCUACCAGGUCACGCCGGCGCCGCAGCUCCCUGUUACUCUUAACCGUUGUUAGAUGUGUCGGAGCCUCCUCGGCUGUUGUGCGGCGGACGAGGAGCCCGGUGGAAGCUCGCCUUACUUCGCUCUCAGACCGGCUAACACUAAAAACAUGGCUCCUUAAAAACGACAGUGUUCCCGUUACGAUGUCUAACAGUGUUACUUGUGGAUUCUUUCCCUUCUCUGCGUCUGUGGUUUGCUUGUAGAUUAGUGAAGAAGUGUUUAAAUCCUGUGGCUUUAACCAGCGUUCUUUAUUUUUGAGAAUGUAGUUUUGACGCCAAGCCCGUCGCCCGAGGGAAACUAUUGUAUAUCGUUGUUUUUGAAAAAAUAGGGCUAACUCCUUUUUUUGUGUGUGUGUGUGUUCACUUGGGCAAAAUAUUAUUCAAACAAUAUGUGUGUGAAAUCAAAGUGCAGCACAGUGACUCAAGGCCCGGCUCAGCUCUCAGUCUCUUCUCGUGGGUCCUGACUUGAUCACAGUGCUCGUUAAUGUGUGUGUGUGUGGCUUCUAGUCAAUGUCUCACUGUAUUCACACAACCUGUCUGCAUGUUAAACCAACAUCUGUGGGCAAAUACGCACCAGAAGCAUGUUCUGUGUGUGUGCGGCUGUUACUUUGUUCACUGUUGUCCAAACCGCUCUCUUUAAGUCCGCGGGAAACACUCAUCGCUCCAUAUUGUCAAAAAAAAUCACUUUUCUUUCAGUCACCGUUUAGAAAGUAAAACCCUGCAACCCUAAGUUUUUCUUUAAAGGAAGCCCCAGUAUAAACAGACACCUGUUUGUGUGGCACCACUAAAACACAUUCUAUACUGAAAGGAAAUAUUUUUAUGCUUUUGUUUGACGGGGACUUUCAGGUCUAAAAUGUAUUUUUAAGGCCUUGUCACUUUAUACUGUGGUUGCAUUUUAAUAAAUACUACAUUUAUAGAGUAUGAACACAGAGUAAGAGUUACUGGGGUUUCCUCAGGGGCCCCUCUGUUAGGGUCUGUUCACAUCUGCACCAAUAUAUAAAUAUAUAUAUAUAUUAAUGCUGCUGACACAAACUCCUCACCAAUAAUAAUAAUAACCUUUAACAAGUGUAUAGCACCUUUCAAAUCACAGUUACAAGGCGCUUUAUAAGUACAAUUACAAAAAUAGAGAGGUUACGACAUAUUAUCCUAAUAAUUUGUGUUGAAGAGGCUCAGAAUCAACUGUAAACGUGUCGGCUCCAACAGGCUUUGUAUUUUCCAUUUUUAUCUCAUAACGAUUUACAUAAUCUACCAACUUGCGAGUGUGAAUUAAAAACCUGUUUCUUUCCGACGAUCUUCAUUCCGGGUGAAGGCAGAAUGUGAGCUUGUGGAAGCAGCACUGUGAAACACGACGGCACUGCCAGCCAGUCCGACAGCUCGUCUGUCCCACGCUGUUGCAAAAGGCUCUUGUCAAGUUUGGCUACUUUUGUACUACUGGUAUUUUUGAGUUGAUUUGUAUUCAAGAGGAAAUAACAUUACUGAGUUAUCAUUAAAUAAAAGAUUUUACCAUUGAA